UCUCUUGUCACUGUCUGCCAUGUGUUCUCCUGCAGGAUGGGACUGCUGAGUAGCAAGAGGCAGGUUGGUGAGAAGGGGAAGGGCUGGAGCCCUGUGAAGGUCCACGCCCACAGCAAGGCUCCUCCGCCCCUGCCACCCCUGGUUGUCUUCAACCACCUUGCUCCUCCAUCUCCUAACCAGCAUCCAGACCGAGAGGAGCAUUUCGUGGUUGCCCUGUUUGACUAUGCUGCUGUGAAUGACAGGGACCUGCAGGUGCUGAAGGGAGAGAAACUCCAGGUCUUGAAGAGCACUGGAGACUGGUGGCUGGCCAGGUCACUCGUCACAGGAAGAGAAGGCUACGUGCCCAGCAACUUUGUGGCCCCAGUGGAGACCCUGGAAGUAGAAAAAUGGUUCUUCAGGACCAUCAGUCGGAAGGAUGCUGAGAGGCAGUUGCUGGCUCCGAUGAACAAGGCCGGUUCCUUCCUCAUCAGAGAGAGUGAGAGCAAUAAAGGUGCCUUUUCCCUAUCUGUGAAGGAUGUCACCACCCAGGGGGAGGUGGUCAAGCACUAUAAGAUCCGCUCACUGGACAACGGUGGCUAUUACAUCUCUCCUCGGAUCACCUUCCCCACCCUCCAGGCCCUGGUGCAGCACUAUUCUAAGAAAGGGGAUGGUUUGUGUCAGAGGUUGACCCUACCCUGUGUGCAACCAGCCCCGAAGAACCUCUGGGCCCAAGAUGAGUGGGAAAUCCCCAGGCACUCUCUCAAGCUAGUCCGGAAACUUGGGGCUGGGCAGUUUGGUGAAGUCUGGAUGGGUUAUUACAAAAAUAACGUGAAGGUAGCCAUCAAGACCCUGAAGGAGGGAACCAUGUCUCCAGAAGCAUUCCUGGGUGAGGCCAAUGUCAUGAAAACCCUGCAGCAUGAGAGGCUGGUCCGUCUCUACGCCGUGGUCACCAGAGAGCCUAUCUACAUUGUCACUGAAUACAUGGCUAGAGGAUGCUUGCUGGAUUUUCUGAAGACGGAUGAAGGUAGCAGACUGUCCCUUCCAAGGCUGAUUGACAUGUCAGCCCAGAUCGCAGAAGGGAUGGCUUACAUUGAGCGCAUGAAUUCUAUCCACCGUGACCUGCGGGCAGCCAACAUCCUUGUGUCGGAGACCCUGUGCUGCAAAAUCGCUGACUUUGGCUUGGCCAGGAUCAUCGACAGUGAAUACACCGCCCAAGAGGGGGCCAAGUUCCCCAUCAAGUGGACCGCCCCAGAGGCCAUCCACUUUGGGGUGUUCACCAUCAAGGCUGAUGUAUGGUCCUUCGGAGUCCUGCUGAUGGAGAUCAUCACAUAUGGGCGUGUUCCCUAUCCAGGAAUGAGCAACCCUGAGGUCAUCCGCAACCUGGAGCAUGGCUACCGCAUGCCGUGCCCAGAGACGUGCCCACCGGAGCUGUACCGUGACAUCAUCGCUGAGUGCUGGCGAGGCAAGCCGGAAGAGCGGCCCACCUUUGAGUUUCUGCAGUCGGUGCUGGAAGACUUUUACACGGCCACGGAGGGCCAGUACGAACUGCAGCCCUAGCAACCACGUGGGCUCUGCAGGGCUCCCUGCCCAAGUCUCCUUCUGGAUGCUGACUCUGGGUUAAUAUGUGCACAUCUGGUUCUUCCUCCGG